AUGCGCUUCCUCGUCACCGUCUUCACCAGCGCUGCCCUUCUUGGUUGCUCUACUUCAGCUUCCCCACUGGAGGUCCGCCAGGAUGGCUUGCAACCCUUCGAGGUCACCGCGGUCAAUUCAUACAGUCCAUCUGGCCGGCCCGGCUCAGACGUGUGGCGUCAUAUGCGUGCAAAUAUUACUGAUCCCAACUCGUACUUCUACACUAGUACGAAUAGAAACCUGACUGUGCCAGGCGAUAGUCAGGGGAUCAACUGCGAAGCCCGCUGGUACAGAGGCGAGUCUCCACUAGAUCGCACUUGGCCUUGCGAUCCCGCCCCGAACGGCCACUGGGCGCUACAGGUGGUUUCUUCCGGGGUUUACGACUUUAAGUUGAGGUUUAUACACGCUGUUGAGCCCGGUCUGUCGUGGCCGAACACAAGAUAUGAGGCUGAGGCCUCCUUCAAGUCCGGAGAGAACUUGAUCGGCAGGUGCUUGUCAAGUGGCUCUUGCAGUUACUCCCUGGGCGCAGACUGUAACAAGUCGACUACAAGAACACCAGAGUGGUACCCGUGA